AUGUUUAAAUUGGUGGUGUUGUUUGCUUUCGUAGCUAUUACUGUAGCUAAACCAAGUGGAUUUUUAGUUGGCAGCCCAGUAGUUGAGGCCUACAGUGCUCCAGUUGUUGCUGUACCAGCAGCUGUCAGCAGCACCUACAGAAAGGAUGUCAUCAGCAAACCUGCAGUCGUCGCUUAUUCCGCUCCAGCAAUUGUUGAACAUCCUGUGGUUCACGAAGUAGCUGUUGCUCCAGUUGUUACCGUACCUGCAGCUGUCAGCAGCGCCUACAGAAAAGAUGUCAUCAGCAAACCUGCAGUCGUCGCUUACUCCGCUCCAGCAAUUGUUGAAACUCCAGUGGUUCAUAAUGUAGCUGUCGAUCCAGUUGUUGCCGUACCUGCAGCUGUAAGCAGCACCUACAGAAAAGAUGUCAUCAGCAAACAUGCAGUCGUCGCUCACUCGGCUCCAGCAAUUAUUGAAACUCCAGUGGUUCAUAAUGUAGCUGUUGCUCCAGUACAAAUUUCCUCUGCCGCUACACACAGUUUCAGAAGUGACAUCAUCAAUGAACCUGUCGUAUACGCCCAUGCUAGCCCAGCUGUAGUUGCCCAUCAUGCUCCUGCUGUAGUUGCUCAUACUGCUCCAAUCCAUUAUGCUGCAGCUUCUAUUCACCCUUGGUGA